AUGGCGGAGCACUUGGCUUCAAUUUUUGGCACGGAGAAGGAUAGGGUCAACUGCCCCUUUUACUUCAAGAUUGGAGCUUGCCGUCAUGGGGACCGUUGCUCCCGUCUGCACAACAGGCCAACCACAUCGCCAACUAUUGUGCUUGCUAACAUGUACCAGCGGCCUGAUAUGAUUACCCCUGGAGUUGAUGCCCAAGGUGUGGCUAUUGCACCAGAGAAGAUGCAGGAGCACUUUGAGGACUUCUAUGAGGAUAUCUAUGAGGAGCUGAGCAAGUUUGGUGAGGUUGAGACCCUGAAUGUGUGCGACAACCUUGCUGACCACAUGAUCGGGAAUGUCUAUGUCCAGUUCAGGGAGGAAGAGCAGGCAGUGGCUGCUCACAAUGCCCUCCAAGGCCGCUUCUACUCUGGUCGCCCGAUCAUUGUGGAGUACUCCCCUGUGACAGACUUCCGGGAGGCGACCUGCAGGCAGUUUGAGGAGAACAGCUGCAACCGUGGCGGCUACUGCAACUUCAUGCACGUGAAGCAGAUUGGUAGGGAGCUCAGGAGGAAGCUAUAUGGUGGGCGUUCCAGGAGGAGCCACGGGAGGAGCCGCAGCCCCAGCCCGCAGCACAGGAGGGACAACCGUGACCGUGGUGGUGACUUCCGCCGUGAUGGCCGGGAUGAAUACCGUGGUGGCGGUGGCGGUGGUGGCGGCGGUUACCGUGGAGGCGAUGGAGGUGAUGGUGGCGGUUACCGUGGUGGGGGCGGUGGUGGUGGCUACCGUGGAGGUGAUGGGGGUGGCUAUCGCGGUGGUGGUGGUGGCGGUUACCGUGGUGGCGGGAGGGGUGGAGGUGGUGGCAGGCAUGACAGGUACGAUGAUGGACCGAGGCGCAGGUACGGUGGCAGCCCACCGCGGCGCGGAAGGAGCCCUCCAGCAAGGGAGAACAGCGAGGAGCGCAGGGCCAAGAUUGAGCAGUGGAACCGUGAGCGGGAGGAGAAGAAGUGA